GACUGCUGGGCUUUUCUUGCUGUUGAAAAUUCACCAGGCACUGAACAGAAAUUUUUCUCCUCUCUUCCUGGAUAUCUUCUUAAACAUGAAGGCAAUAAGCUUAUUCAUCCUGGCAGGAUUUAUAGGAAAGUUUGAAAUAUUUUCAAGUGCCUCUUCUCCAAUCAAUUGCCAGUGGAAUUCCUAUGGCCCUUGGUCAGAAUGCAGUGGCUGCACCAACACUCAGACUCGCAGGCGGACGGUUGCUGUUUAUGGCCAGUAUGGGGGCCAUGCUUGUGCCGGAAGUGCUUUUGAAACACAGCUGUGUAAACCUGUCCGUGGCUGUCCAAUAGAAGAAGGAUGUGGAGAGCGUUUCAGAUGUUUUUCAGGUCAGUGCAUUAGCAAAUCUUUGGUUUGCAAUGGGGAUGCUGACUGUGAAGAAGAUAGUGCUGAUGAAGACAAAUGUGAAGACUUAAGACAUGCCUGCAACCUGGACAAACCUCCUCCCAAUAUAGAACUUACUGGAAAUGGUUACAAUGCAUUCACUGGCAGUUUCGGGAGCAGAGUCAUCAACACCAAAAGCUUUGGUGGUCAGUGCAGAAAGGUGUUUAGUGGGGAUGGACAACAGUUCUACAGACUGAGUGGAAAUAUUCUCUCCUACACAUUCCAGGUGAAGAUAAAUAAUGAUUUUAAUUAUGAAUUUUAUAAUAGUAGCUGGUCUUAUGUAAAGCAUACAUCAACAGAUUAUUCUUCAUCUUCAAGUCGCAGUUUCUCUUUUAUAUAUUCAAGCUCUUCUUCAGAAAGUCGAACUUCAACAACCUUCAAUGAAAUCCAUAAAAAUAAGAAUUAUCAGUUGAUGGUUGUUCAGAACAAUGUUGAAGUGGCACAGUUUAUCAAUAACAAUCCAGAAUUUUUGCAACUCUCUGAGCCAUUUUGGAAGGAGCUUUCCUACCUUCCCUCUCUGUAUGACUACAGUGCCUACCGAAAGUUAAUUGACAAAUACGGGACACAUUAUCUACAGUCUGGUUCCUUAGGAGGAGAAUACAAAGUUCUAUUCUAUCUGGAUUCAGACAAAAUCAAACAACGUGGUCUCAAAUCAAUAGAUCAGAAUAAAUGCGCUUCUUCACAUGUUAAUAUUAUAUUUGCUCAGUCCAAAAGCCAGGAAUGUGAGGAUCUAAAAGAGACCUUAAAAAAAGCUUCAGGAACUGGGAAGAAAGGGUUGGAAGGAGACACUCUUGUCAGAGGGGGAAGUUUAGCCUUUGUGUCUGGUCUGAGUUACUUGGACUUGGAAGAUCCUGCUGGAAACAGGCAGCGAUAUUCUGCAUGGGCAAGAUCUGUGACUGAUAAUCCCAAGGUCAUAAAACAAAAGCUGACACCUUUGUAUGAGCUAGUAAAAGAGGUACCCUGUGCCUCUGUGAAAAGACUAUACUUGAAACGGGCUCUUGAGGAAUAUUUGGAUGAAUUUGAUCCCUGCCACUGCCGACCUUGCCAAAAUGGUGGCCUCCCCACCGUUCAGGGGACCCAGUGCUUGUGCCAUUGUAAGCCAUACACAUUUGGUGUAGCCUGUGAACAUGGAGUACUUGUGGGGGAUCACGCAGGAGGGGUUGAUGGAGGAUGGAGUUGUUGGUCUUCUUGGGAACCCUGUGUUCAAGGGAAGAAAACAAGGACCCGGCAAUGUAAUAACCCACCUCCUAGUGAUGGUGGGAAAUCCUGUAUUGGAGAAACAUCAGAAAACAAGCCGUGUGAGGAUGAAGAGCUGGAGCAUUUCCGAUUGCUUGAACCACAUUGUUUUCCUUUGAUUUUGACCCCAACAGAAUUCUGUGCAACACCACCUGUUUUGAAAAAUGGAUUUGUCCAAGUGGGUUAUGAGGAUGAAGGCACCCGGUUUCCUGUUGGGAAAAACAUAGUAUAUAGUUGCAAUGAAGGAUUCUCUCUUGUUGGAGACCCUGUUGCUAGGUGUGGAGAUGAUUUACAGUGGCAUGUUGGGGAAAUGCACUGUCAGAAAAUUGCCUGUGUGCUGCCGGCACUGAUGGAUGGCCUGCAAGGCCAUCCCCACAAACCUUUUUACACAGUUGGCGAGACGGUGACCUUGUCCUGUUCAGGUGGCAUGUCCUUAGAAGGUUCUGCAGCAUUUCUCUGCGGAUCCAGCCUUAAGUGGAGUCCUGAGAUGAAGAAUGCUCGCUGUGUGCAAAAAGCCCCUCCUGUGACAGAGGCAGUACCUACAUGUCAGCCCUGGGAGAAACUGCAAAAUUCUAGAUGUGUUUGUAAAAUGCCCUAUGAGUGUGGAUCCUCCUUGGCUGUAUGCGCUCGAGAUGAGAGAAGCAAAAGGAUACUGCCCCUGACUGUUUGCAAGAUGCAUGUUCUCCACUGUCAGGGUAGAAAUUUCACUCUCACUGAAGAGAGCUGUGCUCUGCCUGCCUCCAGCAAGAAAGCUUGUGGUGUGUGUCCCCUGUGGGGGAAAUGUGAUGAUCAAAGUGGCCAGUGUGUCUGCAGAGAAGCCUCAGAAUGCAAGGAAGAAGGACUUCAAGUGUGUGUGGUGGUGGAUGGCAGAGAACAGACCAUGACAGAGUGCGAGGCUGGCACCCUCCAGUGCCAAGGGCAGAGCAUCUCAGUCACCAGCAUCAGGGCCUGUGGUGCCCAGGCCCACUAGGCUCCUGGGUGCUGGUAAUAGGUUUGGUGGGUGUAUCCAAGCCACUGUGGCUGGGUUAAAGAUCUGCAUUACCGGCACUUAACUUCUGCAUAGACACGUUCUUUCUCCUUCCCCUCCAGUGCUCACUUCGGUAUUCCGUGCCAGUCAAUGUGUAAACACAACCUGGUGUUCUCCCAAACCAUGAUCCAGGUGGGCUUUUUUCUCCUUUUUAAAAAUCUUAGGAUAAGGAAUAUUCAUGAGAAUUUGCAUGAGCUGUGUGCGCUUAGAAAAAUGGCGAAGUUCCCUGGGCUUGAGGUUUUUGUUUUUUUUUUUUUUGUCUGAAAAAUAAAGAAUUAAACUCAAAUGUGUCUGCAGAGAAGCCUCAGUGCUAGGAUGUUAUUAAGUUUGAUUGACCCCAACUGUGGUCCAAAAUGCUUCCUAUAAAUAGGUUAGGGAAACCAAGAAUAGAGAGGUUCCCCUCAAUGCCAUAAAUACAAAAGGAACUUUGAAGGGAAAAAGACAGAUACAAUUAUUCUAUCCCAACUGGUAAUCUCUGGCUUCAUUCUAUUGACUCAAACACCACAAGUAGGGAUCCCUAAUCUUGUAGGAGACUGAAGCACUGAAUGUCACCGUGAAAUUCAUCACACUAUGACCACAGGGGUCUUCUGCCUUCUUGUCUGAGAACAAAUACAAUUCAGUCUUCUCUUUAGGGCUUUUCUUUUGUAUAUGUCAAACAGGAGGCCUGCAAUUUGGCACCCUCCUCCCCUUUUCUUUUGUAAGAACCAUCAUUCAUGCCUGUGCCAUUCAGUGAUUGUGUAUUUGAGAGAGCAAUUUUCUCUACCGUGGAUACACGCUCAGAUUGUUCAGGGGGUAUACAGGUAGAUCAAUUUGAAGCAUUGGCCUUCUGUUUAUUUCUUAUUCAUCUUUCAUCAAAACAAAAAAGCCGUGGGAGGUGAAAUGAAUGGGCUUAAAUGGAAUUUAAAAUACGCUUUCAUUACAAACAGUAUCUGUAUUUUUCUGAUACUGAUAAAAACAUUUCAGUAGAACU